GGUCAUGGUGCUUAUCUAUUGGAACAAGAUGAAAAGUCGAACGAUAUAUUUGUGGUGAAUGUUGGCGCACUGUUACCAAAGAAACAGUGUCAGAUUGAUAUACGAUAUGUAACAGAAUUGGAAUUAGCCAAUGGUGGAAAGAAAAUUCAAUUUGUUUUACCAACAAGAAUCGCACCACGGUAA